UUUUCUGACGUCACUUCGCUUCAUUCGCUCAAUCUGCGGUAACAGAACACUCUUCAAUCGGACUCAGUUAAUAACCAGCACCCGUUUUAGCAGCGAAUCCUCCCCCCAAAAAAGAAAAAAAAGCCUCAAAACUGGAAAAUAUGGACUCCAAACUGGGGCUGGCUUCAUCAUCUCCUGCAUCUUCCUUUCAGAAGGGUUCUCCUGUACCCACUUUCUCUUCUGCUCCACCUCAACCAACCUCAGUCAAGUACAGUCCAGCACAUAGUCCUGAAGGCAGCAUCCCUUUUACAAUAUUUGGUCACAGUCACCAGACAGGAGAGGAACUUUCAAAUAUGCAGAGCUGUCCUGCUUUUGGUCUUUUAACCUCAAGUUCAAAUUGCUCUGAGUUUGUUCACCGAGGAAAAACGGGCUUGUCGACAACACCUACACACACACAAUUCAAAGUAUUUCCAAAGCUGUGGCGGCCUGCUGAGAUGGAUAAUUGCAGAGCAGGAGCCAUCUUUCACCCUCUCCUGGGUCUGCAUCCUUUCUCUAUGCCAGUCUUCAAAACCCAUAAUCCCAGCGAUCCACAACUUUGCACCUCAGGUGUGGACAGAUGGAACACAUCCUCCUCUAACAGGAACUUGAACACCAGUUUAUUACCACCUAAAGAAAAAGAGAAAACUAAAAUCAACUCAAGUUGGAGUCAAAACAGCCUUUCUGAGCAUGUGCAACACCAGACCAAGACCAUUCUAACAACUAAGGAAAAGGAUGUCAUAAAAAGACCGGUAGAGUCACCCAGGUGUAAUGUUCACCUAUCAGGAUCCUUGUCAGAAAGCUCCAGUGAAGAAAGCAGCAGUGAUUCUGACAAUAUGGAAAAAGAUGAUGAGGAUCUAAGCAGCGACAGCGAUGACUCUGACUCUGAAAAAGAGGUCCCUGUUGGAAAGAAAGUUGAAACUCAGAUGGAUGCUGUGAAGAAGGCUUCCUUUGUACGACCCAAGAACCAAAUUUGGAACCCAGAGCUGUUGCUAAAUUCCCGCUUUAACAGCGUGGUCAGCACUGCAGAUCAAGAUGCACCUUUGGCUCUGAUAACAAAACCUCGUAUCCAGGCCAACUCUCCAAGCAAAAGACCGCUCUUGUCAGCAACCAGUCCUCUCUACCACACACCCGUCAACCUGAGCAUUGGCGGCAAGAAGUUGUCAGACACAUCUGCUUCGCCAUCGAAAUCUUCCCCAUCAGCACUUGUUCCAGGAUCAAUUAAUGCUGUUUCAAUUCUGCAUGGAGGGUGGAGACCAGCAAAAACCAGAUCCUGCCUAAAACCUGUAGACUUAACCAGAAGCAGUGGUUUUGAUUUCAGAGGCUCGGAGGACUCUUCAGGAGACAUUGAGGAUGACGAAGAGAAUAGUCUGAAUUCUGGCAGUAGCCUUUCAGACUCUGGGAGCAAUCCUGAGAGUGACAGUGCGAAGGAUCAUGGGAAGGAGUUAUUCAAGGCAGAAUCACAUACUGAUGCUAUCAGGAGUGGUGCCCUGCUUAACCUGCAGAUUCCCAAGCAUUUAAUUGUACCAGCCACUAAUUCACUCUACCAUCAUGGAAACCUCCCUGCCCCUUUAACAUUUGCAACAGCAGGUUUGAAGAAAAAAAGGAGAGUCACAGAUGAGAGAGCUCUGCAAUUACCUCUUAAGUUUGGAUGGGAGAGAGAGACCCGGAUGAGAACUGUUGCAGGCCGCCUGCAAGGGGAGGUGGUUUACUUUGCUCCAUGUGGAAAAAAGCUGCGUCAAUAUCCUGAUGUAGUGAAGUAUUUGGUCCGGCAUGGAAUAACAGAGAUUUCCCGGGACAACUUCAGCUUCAGCACAAAAAUUAAAGUUGGUAACUUCUAUGAAGGUAGAGAAGGACCAGAGGGUUUACAGUGGUUCCUGAUGACUGAGGAGGACAUUUCUUCUUGUAUCAUAGCAAUGAGUGGACGGCGCAGCCGACAAACAAAAUCCAAACACCAGACUGCAAACAAUGUUUCUGCAGCCCAGCAUCUUCAUUCUGCAUAUUAUAGUGAACCUCCUCUUCAAGAUAUUAGUGAUUCAAAGUUAUUACGUAAACUGGAAGCUCAAGAAAUAGCUCGACAGGCAGCUCAGAUAAAAAUGAUGCGAAAACUAGAAAAACAGGCCAUAGCACAAGCCACCAAGGAGGCAAAAAAGCAGCAAGCAAUAAGGGCUGCUGAAGAGAGGCGGAAGAAAAGAGAGGAGAUGAAGAUUCAUAAACAACAAGAGAAGAUCAAGCGCAGUCAGCAUAUUCGUAUGGAGAAAGAACUCCGUGCACAGCAGGUUCUUGAGGCAAAGAGAAAGAAAAAAGAAGCUGCAGCCAAUGUGAAAAUGUUAGAAGCAGAGAAAAGAAACCAGGAAAGAGAGAUCCGUAAGCUUCAAUCUUUCUUACAGAAGCACCAGGAGCAGGAGAGGUAUAGGCUAGAUAUGGAGAGGGAGAGGCGCAGGCAGCACAUGAUUCUGAUGAAAGCUGUGGAGGCCCGGAGGAAGGCAGAGGAGAAGGAACGUCUGAGAAAAGAAAAGAAAGCAGAGAAACAAUUAAACAAGAAGAAGAAACUGGAGCUCAGAAGACUGAAGCAGAAAAAAGCUAAGGAGCUAAUGAAGCCAAAAGAAGACCUGUGUUUACCAGAUCAUAAGCCUCUUCCAGAAUUACCUGGUAUACCUGGACUAAUUUUACCGGGAAAAACAUUCUCGGACUGCCUGAUGGUUUUGCAAUUUAUCCGUAACUUUGGGGUCGUUCUAAAACUCGGAAUAAACUCCAACCAGAUCACUAUAAGCAACUUGCAAGAUGGGUUGCUCAACAUUGGGAACAGUUUCAAGAAGGUGCAGGACCUGCUGGUGAGCAUGCUGUCUGCAGCUGUGUGUGAUCCGGGUAUACCUGCAGGCCAUAAGUGCAAAACCCUUUUGGGAGACCAUUUGACUAAUGUGGAGAUCAACCGAGACAAUGUGUCUGAGAUUCUGAAAAUCUACAUGGAAGCCCAUUCUGAACAGACAGCGGUGGCUGCUCUGGCCCACAGCCUUGAAACCAAGGCGUUCCAGGCUCACAGCCCAUCAGAUAAGGCUGCUAUGCUGGCGUUCUUGGUUAACGAACUCUGCUGCAGUAAGGCUGUGAUCAGCCAGAUUGACAAAAACAUAGAUUAUAUGACCAACCUGAGGAAGGAUAAGUGGGCAUUGGAGGGAAAGCUGCGCAAACUGAGGAACAUCCAUGUAAAGAAAACAGAUAAAAGACACAUUGAUGGAGGAGAAGAGAACCAUACCUUCAGCAGUGUCACUGUCCAGAACAAAUGUAAGAGAAAAAGCAGGAGCAGCGAAGAAGAGGAUGAAGAAGACAGCGAAGACCAAGGAGAGGAUUAUGAUGGACAGGAGGAAGAAAUGAGGAGAAGGAAAAUGAAGAAAUCAGAGACAUGUGGAGAGGAGGAAGCCGCUAGACAUUCAAGAGAUAUUACCGAACUAGAGACAAGGAUCCAGAAAACAUGCAAGUUGCAAAGUGAAAUUAGUCAGAAGCUGUUUGAAGCAUCUCACUCACUGCGCUCGAUGGUUGUUGGUGAAGACCGAUACAGGAGGCGUUACUGGCUCCUCCCACAUUGUGGGGGCAUAUUUGUUGAAGGAGUAGCGAAUGAGUUGGAGGAGGUGGAGAAAGACUGGGGAAGACAGAAGGCUUCUGUCAGAGUAAAAGAGGAGCAGCAGGAAAAGAUCUCACAACAGAGGACAGCAAAUGUUAAACCCAAGGCAGAGUGCCAAGAGAACAAUGAUGACAAUCUUCUCCAAAAGUCUUUUUCUAAGCUCAGCAAACUGUUUGAAGCAGCCAAAAUGGAUCAAAACUCAAACAUUGAUUCUCAGAACACCCAUCCUAAUCAAGUUUCUAUCACAGAGCCUUAUCAUUCCUAUUGUACCCUGGAGACAGAUAAAACUUCAGCUUCAUCUACGCUCAGUGGUGCCCAACUCAACAAUAACAGCAUGACCCACAGCCCUCAAUCCAUCCUGCCUGACAAUCAGCUGUCUGCGGUAUUGACUGAAAAAAGCAGUGAGUGGUUUAGCCUCCUGCCCCGCGCUCCUUGUGAUGGCUCUUCUGUGGUCUCGAAUGUCAGUUGUCCAGCUUUCGUCUCCUCCUCACAACUUGUCAGGACCAAAUCCUCCUCUUCUCUCCUCCCAAAUACCCCAAGGAAAAACACUAAAGCUGGGAAUAAUAGACUACAUUCAGCUGACUCUCAGCUCAGCAACAAGUUCCAGCCUGCCCCCCCUCCUUCCUCUAUAACCUCUUUGCUGGAUCUAACCUCCCAGGGAGCAGAGGGUAAUCGAGACAAAGACCUCUGUCUGGCAGAUUGCAAUUCUGUCGACAAGAGUGAGACCACAGAGCCUCCGAAUAACAAGUCUGCUUGUGCGUCAUUCUCUCCUUUGGAGAUAGCCAAGGCUCAGGAUUACAUUUGUCCUCAGCCAGUUCCUGAAGAGAUGCUGAGAGGCUGGUGGAGAAUUUCAGAUGUGGAGAACCUGCAGAGUCUGGUCAAUUCUCUCCACAAUCGGGGUAUCAGAGAGAGGGUGCUGCAGAAACAGAUCCAAAAAAAUAUGCAGCACAUGAGCCAGAUCUAUGCCAACCGAACAAAUGCAGCAGAAUUUGAUACAAAAGACCCAGAAAAGCAGAAGAUAAGCAGGGAGAUUUUUGAAGGCUGGUGUGUUGAACAACGAGCCGUAGAGGUGGACAGCAAACUGCUGCUGCAGGUAGAAGCUCUGGAGAAAAAUGUAAUAUCUGCCAAUUUACACAUUCAGGGUUGGAUGCCCAAUGAACCCAAGUACAACAGUGACGAUCUGGUCUAUUUUGAACACAAGCCCUUCUCUCCAGUUUCUUUGGAAAGCAAAAAACAGGGAGAAACUCAACAGGAGAAACUUCCAGGCUUUUUGAUGCGACGCUCCAACAAUCUUCUUGACGUAGCAGUCAACAGGCUUGCAGAGCUGGAGAGGAACAUUGAGCCAAGCAACAAAGAAGAGGUUGCUCCUGGGAUGAGACAGUGGCAUAAAGCCCUCGGUAAAAUCUGCAGUUCAGCUCAGCUGUCUCUUUGCAUUCAGCAUCUACAGAAAUCUGUUGUUUGGAAACAAGACGUCAUGAAAGUGCAGUGCCAGCUCUGUCAAAAAGGAGACAAUGAUGAACUUCUCUUACUUUGUGAUGGCUGUGACAAAGGCUGUCACACUUACUGCCAUAAUCCAAAGAUAACCAUGGUACCUGCUGAAGCAUGGUUUUGUUCUUCUUGUGAAAGUGGUCAAAUUCCUCCCAGUGGGAAACAACAAAGCCAAACAGCUGGGGGAAAGCAUAAAAGCAGUGAGGUAAAACAAAACUGUAAGCCAUCUGUGAAGGGAGAGCUUGUCAGUGAGGAGGUUGCCAGCAGCAACGACAUGCCAAAAAGAGGUUCCAAGGAGUUCAAAAAGAGGAAAGGAGAAGACAGCUCUGAGUCCAGGUUUGACAGCCUUGUCUCCUGUGCAAAAAGGGCCAAAACACCAAACAGUGAGCUGGCUGUGUGUCGAGUGCUGUUGGCUGAGCUGGAGGCCCAUCAGGAUGCGUGGCCCUUUCUGAGCCCAGUUAAGCUCAAGUCUGUCCCUGGAUACAGAAAAGUCAUCAAGAAACCAAUGGACUUCUUUACUAUUAAGGAAAAACUCAUCAAUAACAUGUAUUUAAAUCAGGAGAACUUCAUUAUUGAUGUGAACCUGGUUUUUGAUAACUGUCAAAAAUUUAAUGAAGACGACUCUGAAAUUGGACGAGCCGGCCACAGAAUGAAGAGAUUUUUUGACAAACGAUGGGCCGAGUUACUGCAUUGAAAAAAACAAACAAACAAAAAAAACCACCACAGUUGACGCAGCAAUAUUAUUCUUUAUAAUUAAAGCUCUGACUUUCAUUUUUGACCAGAUCGUACACCUUUUGUAAACACUGAUGUGUAGAGUCAAUAAAGGUAACAGAAAUGA